UCAUAUUACCAAAAAUUUCUCAAAAUUUUCCUAUCAAAUCAUAACUAUUUUUUUAAAAAAUGGGUCCAAAAUCUUCCGAAAUUUGUAUACUAUUUCUGCUUUGCAGUUCAAUGUUACAAGUUACUGUAGCCAAUAGGAACUGGCAGUAUGGAUGGAGUACUCCAAAACAUGGCUACCGUAGCCCUAAGUAUACAAAUACACCCAAGAAAAUUGUUGUCGGAGGCUCUGCUAAUUGGACCUUCGGCUUCGACUACUCCGUCUGGGCAUUCAGAAACGGACCACUCUACGUAAAUGAUACGCUCGUGUUCAAGUAUGAUCAACCAAAAAACAAUAGCACACAUCCUCAUAGUGUAUAUUUGCUACCAAACAUAUGGAGUUUGAUGACUUGCAAUCUAACUGACGCCGUGAUGAUUGCCGAUGGGUCACAAGGAGGAGGAGGCGGAUUCGAGUUCGUACUGGAAAAGUGGCAGCCUUACUAUUUUGCCUGUGGCGGAGGUGACGGCAUUCAUUGUAAUCUUGGCAAGAUGAAGUUUUAUGUGCUGCCAAUGCUUCGUCGUUGGAAUUACUGACGCAAAAAUAAAGAUGUGCGCAUUACCAGGGAAGAUGCAAUGCUGCUUAAUUGACGAAGUUACAGGGAAUUUUAUCAAUGUUUUGUAUGUGCUUUUUUUUUGGCUAAAAAUAAUAUUGUUGAAUUCAUUAUGUCUUUGUAUGUA